UGAAACUCACAGAGGAUCGUUCUUUCUACGUCAUCUCCUGUACAGCGUAUCCACGCACCAUGAGGAUUACAUUGCUGAUAAUCCCGGCAUGCCUGUUCGCCGUGACGACAGCUCGACGGGUUCAAAUUCGUCCACGAAUCGCAGAGCCCCAGGUUUAUUACGAGGAUGAAGAUACGGCCGAAGCAGAGGAGGAAUAUGCUGCGCCAGUGGCUUAUCAGCCUCGUACGCGUGCUCUUCACACGCCACGUUCCAAGGACACGUUGCAGUCGUCGAAAGCACCGCCAGUUCAGACGAUACGUAAUUACAACAAGGUGAACGACGAUGGAUCGUUCACUUUCGGUUAUGAAGCGGCAGAUGGUUCCUUCAAGGAGGAAACUCGGGGCACCGACUGCGUGGUACGCGGUAAAUACGGCUACGUCGAUCCGGACGGUAACAAGCGCGAGUUCACAUACGUCUCGGGGAACCCUUGCGAUCCCAACGCCCCGAGGGAAGACGACGACGAUUUGCCGUCGAAGCAGCCGGAGGACGACAUCAGUGGGCCGGCUAAUUAUCCAUCGGUGCGCCCGUUGGCGAGACCUCGACCGAAUUACCCUCAGACAACGACCGCUCGUGCCCCAACGACUAUAUUCCAAACGGAGUAUCAAUUGGACGACGACGCCAGCCAGGAGUUGGAGGAAGAUACAAAGCCCCGGUUAGCACCACAGUCCUUCCGCAGACCCCAACAAAAUUAUCUUCAACUCGAAUCUCUACAGUCAGAAGCGCAAUAUCCUACAUCCCCGGCACCGACUACCUCUCUGUAUAGAUUAUCCACUCCGGCCCCGCGAUAUCAGAGUCUGACGACACCCUCCCCGAUCGUUCGGUCAAGACCCACGACACCCUCCUACCGAGCCGUCGAGACGAGCACACGUUCCAUACCUCGUGAAAGACCGCAAUCCGUUGCUAUCACCCCGAGACCUCGCGUUGCCCAAGUUGCCGCUCAGUACGUUUCGCCCAGCAGCACCGAGAGACCCGGGGUCGUUUACGCCACCCGCCCGCAAAACAGCCCUGUCUCGUCUCAGCGCUUCGCCAGCACGACUGCCAGCACGCCCCAGCACCAUCUCAACUUUGCCGCUGAACUUGAACGUUACGUCAAUACCGUAGGCGUUACAAGGCCCUCCCUGGAAACGGCACGUCCCUCCUCGUCGACGCCAAACUCUAUACCCUCCGGCAAAGUUAAAUCGAACGAGCCGAUCUAUCAGUCCGAGCUGGUUUACGAUCCCACAACUGGUCAGUACAAUACCCAACUCUAUCAAAGCCUGCCUCAAACGGUGGGUGACUUUUCACUCAGUCACAAGCUCCAACCGUUCGUAGCCCAGCAACAGUCCCAUAUCGGUAUCCAGCAACAAGCGGUUCCGGCACCUCGUCAACAGUCCCCGUUGUACAGACAACCAGCCCGGCCUCAGUCCCAGAUACAGGCUAGUCAAGCCCGACCCCAGGAAGCUAUCUUUCGACAACAACAGGCCGAACUUCUUCAGCAAUCCCAGCAGCUCUAUUCCCAACAACAGAGACGUCAACAGCAGCAACACCAACCAUCGCCACCUCACAGAUUCCAGCUUCUCGAGUCGCAAUCGGAUCCUCAGGGUUUCUACUACAUCCAAGCACCCUCCGGCAGAGGCCCCGUUUCACCCUUAUCAGUAGGUCAGAUAGAUCAGUUCCUCCGCGGGGGUAAUCCUAACUUUUGAUUCCCCUCAAAUAUCACCCUAGAAUCAUUCGCCCGUGUCAAAGACGAUUCAUCGAGUACCCGCGUUUCUUACAUUUCUUUUUAUAUACCGUUGUUCGCGCUCGCUUCUCGUUACAUUUGCAACGAAACAAUGGCUAAUCCGUAUUUCGACCAAUUUUACUCCCUUAGGUUCCAAGCCCAGAUAGUUUUUGACUCCACCAGGAAAUCGCCAGACCCGACUUAGCCAAGAAUUUCUUAACCCAAAUGAACGGCAAGAUGAGGUACGGUCGUUGACCACACGCUUCAUCAGCGAUGGACCAUUCCGUUGAAUGGGGACCGAAAAAAAAAUCUGUUGCUGAUGACGAGCCAUUGAGUUUUCCAUCGAUCAGGGUAGCCCGCUUCGUGUGGUCAAUCAUCGUAGCAUCUAAUCUUAACUUGGAUUUCUAACGCCUUCCGAUAUUUUUUCUCGAGGAAGAGAAACAAGAUCUGAUAUGCGGAAGAGAACGCGUCUCACGCAUAGCAAUGAAGCGUGGAUGCGGUGGUGCACUUGAACGAAUGCCCGGUCCGAUGGUCCUGGAUGAAUAUCUAUGAGAUUGCCAAUGAACUCCGGUUAACAACGAGCAGACACGCUAACAUGUAUAUUUAUACACAUACGUAUAUUCAAAGGUAUUUCCAGUGAUUCAGGAAACUUUUCAUUCGAUCAACAUCGAAUCGACUUUCACGCGAGGUCUCUCUUUUUUCCUCAAUCGAUUAGCAUUUUCCAUUCGGUUUAUUUUCAGAGUUCAAACACGCCCGUUUUGUUUUCAAAGCUGCUUACACAGCUCGUCCAUUCGCCACGUCUCACAGUUUAUAUAUUACAGUCACAUUCGAGAAAGAAAAAGACAGAGAGUGAAAGCAGGUCCUGACGCAAGAUUAUGCCCAUUGCUCUCGACCCAGAGUUAUGUUAGCCGGCUAUGUUAUGUUAAGAUUAUGAUUUUAGCCGGCAACUACGACUCGUAUUAUUCGUGUCUGACCUCCCGUGACACGCCAAGAAUUUACCAAGCAAAAUCACUUUUCACAGUGAACUCCCAACUAAAUUUAUUCCACGCUCCAGCUUCAACCUCAUUUCCGGUUGCUGAAAUUUCGUCUACCUCUCUUGUGAAUAUUUUUGUUACCCUCUUGAAAUUUGUAAUCGGAGCAAAUCACUGUUCGCGGUGGGCUUACGAAUCAUUAGCUCGAAAAAAAAGGAUUCCGUAAUUGGCUUUGAGUGUAAUCAAUAUUCUUAUUAUACUGAAUUACGUUACAGACCCAAUGGUCGUUUCUCUUUGUUCAUUUAACAAUGCAACAAUUUGAAUAAUUUUCUUUCAUACCCGUAUCGAUCGAACAAUGAGGAGUCUCAAAAGUGUUUGCUGCGGAACACAAGCUAUGCCGAUCGUUACGAAAGUCAGUCUCGCUCUUGAGAACUCGAUUGGCGAGAGUUGCACAACUCGAGCACAACACGGCAGAACCAAAAGGAUCGAUCGAACAUGCGCAGUUGUUACUUUUGAUGCUGGGUGUGUUUCUACAAAUAAACAGCUAUAAUGCGAUCGAUCUGGGAACUUAGAACUUCACAAGACCUCGAAGUUAUUCGAAAAAGGGAAAAUAACGACGAAUACGUAUAUUUUAUUUUACGACUUUUGUCAGCCGAUCCAACCGGAAUUUUUCAAAUCAAUCUGUAAAGAAAUACAAAAGUUUCGAUCGAGGAACCAACAUCGUUCCUGACUAGUGCACUCAAGUUUUCCUGAAUUACUGGACAUUUUUUAAACUCGUGGACCCGAAGCGUUAGACGAAGUGGAGCAAAAUUAUCAGCUAUCCUUGAUGCAUCCGGAAACCCAAAUAUUAACUGUAGACUGUCCUGCUAAUGAAUUUAUCAUGGAAAUAACCGUGUCUCUCUAUCUAAUCGACGGAUUGUGAUCAGCGUCGGCGAUUUAUUCCACUCUCGAUGUGGAACGGCGUCGACUUCAUUUUAUUAUCAUUGUAAAUAUUAUUAUUAUUAUUAUCCUAGAUCAUAAUUAAUUAGCGAUAGUAUUUCGUCAUUCGAGAUAUUAAUAAAUAUAUUAUCCAAGUAACACGAAUGUUAUUAAAUAUUUUAGUGGUGCGAUCAAACGAAUCUGCAGCGAUUUUUGUAAAACUCUGCCUCAAUCGGUCCCAACUAUUUUUUUACUACUUGUAAGUGUGACGUGACAAUAAAAAUGAUGAAAAAUUGAAAA